UUUAUUCUUGUAGGUGAAUUUCUGGGAAUAGAGUACCUUUACAGUCAGACUGGCAAAACACUGACUCCAGUGCUCCAGAACCCAGAGGAGGAAGACAGGCUGGUGGAGGAGGUUGAUGACCAGGACCUGCAAGAUGAGGGGUUUGAGGAAGAGAUCAUGGAGGACAUCACAGUUCCAGUGCUGGAUGAGGAUGAAAACCGCCCCUCGUCUUUGCCUCUGCCUCAGUCCCCAGCAUCACUGGCUGAGCCGUCCACAUCAUCUGGUGGAGAAGGACAGCAUCUUGCCCCUUCAGUGCUGUCACAGCCACCCGACACUGAAAGCAGUCUCUCCGACGAGGCUCGGGGAGGAGUCAUUGGACCCGAUGACAUUGCUGGGUGGGACAAGGUCCAGGAUCUGGCGGGUUACCUGGUGGGUCUUCGUGAGGCUCCUUACCUCACUGACCUGCAGGUGACAGAGGCCAUCCAGCUGUGGACAGCUCUCCCUGAUACUGACAAACAGCGGGUCAACUAUCAGCCUCGACAUCAGCCUCAGCUCACACAUGGGCGCUUUAAAGCACCGAAGCGGUCCGGAGUCACACCAGGUGUGGAGAGUGUGAAACGAUGUCUGAUUGGACAUCCUGGGGGUCCAGCACAGUGGCCCAGCACCAGCCGCUUGGUCGAGGCCAUUUGUAUCAAGCUUUGUGCUUUACACAAGUCACCGACCAAGAAGGCUGGAGUUUGCACGCCCAGGUGGUCUAAAAUCCUCUCGGAUUACCACCACAUCCGAGAGCUGGUGCUUAACAGUCGCAGGCUGAUGGAUGAAACAAUGAUCCAGCUGUUUGAGCUAAACCAGAAGACACUCAUUCAGUGGUAAGCAAGGCACAAUAUUUGCUUCAAAUUAACUGAAUACGUCUAAACAUAAAUAUAAUACAAGUCAUUUAUUUUCAGGUUUC